UUACCUUCUCUAACUCCAUUCUUUUCUCCUAAACAUGGCUCUUAGGUUACUUUUGGUCACCAUUGCCAUUAUGGCUUUGGCAUCAUCAUUUGCCAAUGCAUCAGAUCCCUCCCCUUUGCAGGAUUUCUGUGUUGCAUUUGAUGAUCCCAAGGAUGCCUUGUUCGUGAAUGGAAAGUUUUGCAAGAAUCCAAAUGAUGUCAAUGCUGAUGACUUCCUUUUCCGAGGCCUUAAUAAGCCUGGAAACACGUCCAAUUCACUUGGUUCUAAGGUCACACCUGUGAAUGUGGACAAUCUAGCAGGACUAAAUACUCUCGGCAUUUCACUAGCUCGUAUUGAUUUUGCACCCUAUGGCCUCAACCCUCCCCACACUCACCCUAGAGCAACUGAAGUCCUUGCUGUCUUGGAUGGUACCCUCUACGUUGGAUUCGUUCUUUCUAACCCGCCACCAGGAAUGAAGAACAAGCUCUUUACUAAGACAUUAUAUCCCGGAGAUGUGUUUGUAUUCCCUGAAGGCCUCAUUCACUUCCAAUUCAACGUAGGAAAGACCAAUGCCAUUGCAUUUGCUGGUCUAAGUAGCCAAAAUCCAGGAGUGAUUACAAUUGCCAAUGCUGUUUUCGGAUCUGAUCCACCCAUCAACCCAGAUGUUCUGACUAAAGCAUUCCAAGUUGAUGACAAAGUGAUUAAGUACCUCCAAUCACAAUUUUGGUACAACAACAACUAGAAUCGAAGCUUAUACAUACUGAAGGUCUUUCCUUCUCUGGAUACAUAAUUAUUAAUAUUUUUAAUCAAUAAACCACCCUAGCUAUGGUGUAUGUGCUCAUGUUAUGAUUGAAAUUUAUCCUCAUAUAUUGUAUUUUGUUAUUUUGACUUUUUGUGAUAGUGAAAGAAUGUUUACAUUA